AUGUCUUUCAAUCACAUUUUCUUAUUGCAAGACCUUGAUUAUCGAAAGCGAAGACUGCAAGCUCCAUCAGUUUUCAGGCCAACUCCUCGAAAGCGGCUGAGCUCUGAAUGCUGUCUUCCAACAACAUUACCAAGCCUAUCCUCUUUAGACAAGGUUGCUAGGAAUCAAAUACCUCGCACCGAAGUCAGGCAACUGCGUCAGCGGUCAACUUCAUCUGAAGGGUCAAGCUCGUCGGAAAAUUCGGAUGACGCACCCACUUCUCCAUCUCAACCGCGGGCUGACGAUGCUCGUGGCUACACGCCACAAAAGUCAACACCUUCAGCGCGCCCCAAGGUAUGGAAGGAGCCUGAGCACUGGGAAGUUGUUCAAGCUAUCGAAAAGAGGGAUGUUGUGAAGCUAUCUGAGAUUCGAGAUUAUUCAUUUCACGUGCUGUUGAGAAGAGUCAAUAAUACCUCGCCAUUAGAGCAUGCGGUACGGAUUGGUUAUACCGAUAUGGCAAUACUCAUCUUGGGAAUGUUCAGUCGUUGGAUUAAUUAUUUAGACGAAGAGGAUUUCUCUCGCAAAAAGGUCAUGAUUAACCUUAAUGCAAUCCGCAUCAACCUAAGGUUUGCAAUUACACAAGGUCUUCAACACAACCAGCCCAAUCUUAUUUCCUCGUACUUACAAACCAUCGUUAUGAGUCAUGGUGAAGCCUGGCUAAAGGCGUCCAUAUCGGAUGUUGCGAGAGAGUUGAACCAAGGAAGCGAGGGGAAACCUGCUCACAUGGCUAUUACAUCAAUCAAGAAUUUCUUUACUCGGGAGCUUGCCAAAGCUGAUUCGAUCAUUACAGUGGACGAAUAUGUGGCGAACGCAGGGUGUGAUUUACUGAUGUUAGGAGCAUGGAACAUUGCCAUGCAGAAGCUCCCCAAUGGACUCAGGGAUGAGUGCCGGGCCCACUUGCCCAAAAAGCUACAGUGGCAGAUGAAAGUUAUGAAAAAGACCAUUGGGAUACGGACAUAUGGCAUAUACCAGAAGCUCGAAAUUCUCAAGGAAGAGCUAGAUGGCAAGGAAUAA